CGCGACGUUGUCUCUCUCCUCUUUUAAUUAAAACCCUUGGGCCUUGUUUUGUCUUCUACUCUCAACUAAACCUUUGCUUUGCGUUUCACUCAACUUCUCAACAACAAGAUGCAUACAUCAGGGCAUGAGAAUCAUGGAGUUCACGUGUGUCACAAAUGUGGAUGGCCCUUUCCAAAUCCACACCCAAGUGCGAAACACAGGCGUGCGCACAAGAAGGUUUGUGGAACUGUUGAAGGUUACAAGCUUAAUGAAUCACAAGAUCUCAAUCUUUCCGAUGAAGACCACCACUCUGAUGAAGAUCGAACUACCCUCAGUCCAAAACUUGUGGAGAAAAGUAAUAUUGAGAAGCACAAUAGUGGAAUCAGUGAAAGGUCGAAUAGAUCGGAAGAAGAUGUGUUUUCGGAUGCUGUGACAGAAUUUACUGAUAGUGGCUUAAGUCUGGGGCUUCAACGUAAUUUGGAGGUUGAAAAGAGGCCUGAGAAGGAGAAAGAUCUUUCUGUCUUCUAUUCUUUUAAGGGUAGUGCAUUUGUUGAUAUCAUUGAACCACCAGGUAACUCAGCUGAUGGCAUCCAAACACAAAACCCUGAAAUUCAUGAAAAUACAACUGAUCCUUCACACAAUAAUCUCAAGCCCCAAGUUCAUGUGUCUAGCUCUAAUGAAGACCCAGUUGUUAUUGCUACUGAUGAUAAAAAUCAGUUGUCACAUGACCUGGUCCCCAUUAAACCCGAAUUACCAACGGAUGCUUCACAAGAGAUUAAGAUAAUUAAUGCUGGUGAUGAUGUGACUAAAGGCUUGAUGGCAUAUCCUGAGCUAGAGGCUAAUGUGAUUGGAAAUGGUGAAAUCAAUUCAGAUAGGAAUGCGGUUCUCCUCUCACCUGGUGAAUGUACUGGGCAAACAUUUGGGUUAGGGUUGAACACUCAAGAGAAGGAGAUUACAUUGGAUCCAAUGCCAUAUGAUGGAAAUGUUAUUUUGAAGGAAAAGCAUGUUGCUGAGAUGGCUUCUAAUAUGUCCUUUAGUGAUCCAACCACUGAAGUUGAAUCCUUUGAACAUAUGGGUUCUAUUGAUGCUGCUCAAGUUGAGGUUGAUGCUCAUCAAGGACUGGACGUGGCUGGUUCAGUCAAUUCAUGUGAUGGUUUGAUUGGAAUGGGAGAAGGGAAAGAAAAUGUGCACGAGCUUUCUGUACCAUCUGAUAUUCCUGUGGUAGACCAUUCUGAGGUCAUGCUCCAAGAUUUUAAAGAUUAUAAGGGACUCAAAUUUCUCCAGUCUGUAACAUCAGAUUCAGUUUCAAGUGAAAUAACUAAAGACAAGGAAGAUGAUGUUGAAUAUCCUCUUUCAGUGGAUAAUUGUACUUGCUUCCAUUCAGUACAGUCGAGUGAAGUCACCAAGGCAUCUGCUUCAGAGAUGAAUGUUUUGGAAGAUAACCUUCUGCUUGAAGGUAAAAUGCCAAUGGUCAAAAACCUGUCUGGUGAAGGGAAAAGUGAUUAUCAUCAGCAGAUCUUGAAUCAAGUGAAUCCUAUGAUUGCCUCUUUGGAUGCAAAUGCCGUGAGCAUGAAUGAUUCUGGUCAUCAUGAGAAGGCUAUUGCUCAAAUGGGUGAUGUAGCUGGAAAGGAUGAGAAUGAAAGACCAAGAGUAGAAAGUUAUGAGGAAAUUAGAGAUACAACUUUGGAAGCAGCUACUAAUCUCCCUGAUUUCCUAGUCAACCCAGCAACUUAUUUACAUGAAAUUGAUGAAGCUAGUGAUAACGAGAAGGCUAAAGUUGAAAAGUGUGAUGUAGCAGGCGUUGCUAGCAGGGGGCAAUCUGCAGAGGGAAAACUCUUUUUGCAGACAGAAACUACUUUUGAAUCUGGUAGCAUUCUUUGUGAAUCCGUAGUUGAUGCUGGCGAUGUGGUAAAUGUGUCUGAGACAAAGUUACCAGAAACCAAGUUCACAAACUUGGAUGGAGUUUCUACAACUCCAGAUGUCAUAAAACAACUUGAAAUUGAUGGCAACGACAAAACACAGGGAGAGUGUGUUGCUGAACAUGGAAGAGAUGUUGAGAUAUUAGACAGAAAUUCUGAAGACCAUGCAAUGAAAGAUUCUCUUGUUUCUCCUUCAGAUACUGAAGCUUCCAUACAAAGUUCUGUUGCUGUUGAUUAUAACCAUGCCAAAAAGUUAGGUGUGGAAGAUUCUGGUAUUAAUCAGUCUUUGCAAGUAGAAACUGAUGAUAAUAAUUCUGUAAAACAUCAGCUUGGUGGAUCUAUCAUUGAUGUUUCAGUUGAUUCUUUGAGCCAAACUGAUAGCUUGGAAGGUAACUGGGGUUCAAUUUCAGUGCUUUCAACACAAUCAGAUACACCGGUGGUUGUUGAUUCUGAAACAUUACCAUCAACUGAUAAUCCAGCAUCAAAAGAAGCAGAGGAAACCAACUCGAAGAAACCAAAAGGCGUAACCGAGAGACAGCUUUCCGAAAAAUCAGAUGUUUUUGAGGCGCCCUCUUUCAUGACAUUGGUUGAACCUGGGGGUGGGGUUCACCAUAAAGGUUCUGCUUCUGCUAUCCAGGUAACACAGAAUCCACAGCAGCAAAAAGUUCCAUCGUCAGAAGCUGGUUGGUUUCCAUCUCUUACAAAUGUUGUGAAUGAAUCACAAGGGAGAAAGAAGAAUGAAGAAAUUAUUGCCAAGGUCACAAACUGGAGUGCUGGAAAGCAACACACUCCUUUGAAGAACCUUUUGAGUGAGGCCAAUCUUAAAACCAAACCGAAGUCUCCAAACCUGAGGGAAAAUAAAACUCCUGUUGUUCAAAAAGAUGAAACGACGACAAAAGAUAAUGGUUCUUUAGCCCCAACAGUGAACUCAAUUCUGAGUUCUGGAGUACCCGCUACUGAGCCUGCAAAGAGGGAGAUUGGGAAGGACUAUAAUUCUCCUGCACGGUAUCCUGCAGAUAUUAAGAGAGAGAAGAGGAAAGCGAAGGGGAGGCCAUACUGGGUACAAUUUAUGUGUUGCUCAUCUGUAAAUUAGGAUAUGCUUACUGCCUCCGUCAUGUAAUGUGGGACAACAAAAUAUUCGUGGUGUGACCGUCCAGUGCACUACUUUUUUGUGCUGGUGAUCUCUGGUUACUGUUGCAUUAGCUGUAAUUUUGUACUUAACUAGGUUUCUGGUACAUAUAUUGGUAGUUUCUGUUUCUGGGAUUGGAAUUAUUGUAUGUGUGAGUUCUGUUAAGUACAUUGCUACAAUAUUAUGGUUCAUUGUUGUUCAUGUAAAGUUUAGUUUAGUUUGAUGAUGAACCUAAAUAAUGUAUUUAGGUAAUCCUUUCCCAUUUUAAAGUGCUGGGAAAGGGAAUACUUUGCAUAUUGGUUUUACCUUAUGGAACUGAGUGC